AUGGCUAUCACUAACGGCUCCAGUGGCGAUCACGGAAACGCGCAGGACGUCGAUUUCAGAGAUCCUGCCGUUUAUGACCAAUAUGCGAAGACUUGGUCAUCGAUUCCAGGAGAUGAAGCCGGCUGGGCUCAGCGCGCUCAAGAAGUUGCAGAUAUUCUUGCUGUCGAUGCAGUACUUCGUGACCAGGAGAACAAAUCUCCCCGGGCCGAGGUUGCUUUGCUGAAGCAUUCUGGGCUGCUCAAAAUCUUGGGACCAAGGAAAUACGGCGGUGGUGGCCAACCUUGGAGUGUUGGCUACAAAGCUAUUCGAAAGGUAGCAGAGGCCGAUGGCUCGAUAGGAAUGCUGCUCGGAUAUCACCUCUUAUGGUCAACAACGGCAAAUGUCGUCGGCUUACCUGAGCAAGCCGAUCGCAUUCAGAAGCUCAUUAUUGAGAACAACUACUUCAUCGGCGGCGCUGUUAAUCCUAGAGACAGCGAUCUGGCCAUAAAAUCCGACGGCGACAAGAUCGUGUUCAAUGGCUUCAAGUUUUUCAACACGGGAGGUGUGAUAUCCGAUCUUACCGUACUUGAAGGUGUCUACGAAGGCACUGGAAAUCAUAUCUUUGCCUUUGCAAAGACAGAUCAGCCCGGAAUCCAAUUUGGGCAUGACUGGAACAAUAUCGGACUUCGCCUGACUGAGUCUGGCAGCGUCAAGAUCUCCGACGUAAGCGUUCCAUGGACGGAUGCGCUCGGCUGGAAUGUAGAGAAGAAAGAGCCGGAUCCUCGCGCUCUUCAAACUCCCUUUUCAACUCUUCUGCUGCCUUCAAUCCAGCUUGUCUUUAGCAACUUCUAUCUGGGCAUCGCUCUCGGUGCGCAGCAGUACGCAGCAAAGUAUACUGUGAAGGGUACAAGAGCUUGGCCUUUUGGUGGUGAUAACAAAGAGAAGGCAACAGAUGAGUUCUACAUUCUCGAACGCUAUGGUAACUUCCACGCUCACCUCCGCGCCGCAACUGCUCUUGCAGACCGCGCAGGCCAAGAAGUUGACUCCAUCUACCAAAAAUAUGGAGGUGAUCUCGAUACCCGCGCCAAGCUGACGGCGCGCGAGCGAGGUGAACUGGCGGAGUGGGUCGCAAGCGUCAAGGUCGUUACGACAGACACCGGUCUGCGAGUCACAUCGGGAGUGUUUGAAGUCACGGGUGCUAAGGCGACAAGCCAGAAGGUUGGGCUGGACCGUUUCUGGAGAGAUAUUAGGACGCACUCGUUGCACGAUCCUGUUGCGUACAAGAACCGAGAAUUGGGGAGAUUUGAGCUGCUGGAUGAGAUCCCGGAGCCUACUUGGUAUACCUGA